CGUCGCGACGUGCGGAAGCCGGUUGUUUGGAUUGGAAAACGGUUUAUAUUGGCGACGGGACUCACAGGUGGCUGCAACAAGUUUGCGUUGAUUGACGAUAGGUUCUGUUCUCGACAGUUGUUAGUGAAGCGGUUAGUGAGUGAUUUAGCGUGUACACAAACAAGCAGCAGCGAGGCGAGAUAGCGCGGGCGCGGAAAGUAAACACCAACCCGCACAAAUCUGUCUAAUUAAUUAGCGCGCAUCACUAUCAAGUGGGUACAAUUAAAAUUAAAUAAAAAUUGUUGCUUCAAGCAUCGCGGUUGAUCGAGAAGAAGGAAACGACGAGUAGUGAGCGAGCGAGAGUAUGUGAACCGCGGAGUGAUUUGUUGUCUUAUUUUUAAUUAAGAGCUCCGGAGCGAUAACCACAUGGUCGAGGUCUGGCGGGAUUUUUUCCAUGAAUGAAGCUCCGAAGAACGAAGAGGAUCGUCAUCAUCAUCAGCAGCGCUGAAGAGCGAGUGCAUGUCACUGUGACAACAGGCAAAACAACGGCAAAAAGCUUAUAAUUAUUCAAAUAUUUAACUUUUCAAAGAGAGAUAAAUAACGCACUGGAGCGCUAUUGCGGCUGGAAUGCUCCGCAAGUGUCAGGCAGUAGGCGACGAAACAAGUGCUGAAAUUUAUUAGUGUUUAGCAACAUCACAGCCUACUGUGAAGCCGAAGAAGCGACAAGAGUCGUGGCGAAGCACACGAAAGAAAAAAAAAGAGCGAAUCGGAAGAAUUUCUCAAAAAGAAGAUAUCACUUUGCGCGCGAGUUAUUUUAAUUAGAAAACGCAACCAACAGUACUCGGUGGCAUUUGAAGUGCAGUCGCGGUACGGUUCAAGAAAAAAAUAAAGUGCAAUUUGCACACACAGCGACUGUUACAACCGCGGGAACGCAAGGCGAAGAGGCACCACGCUGGUGUGAAAUUUGAGAAGUUUGAAGUCGAAGCCAAGCAGGCUCGGCAGACCCCUGCACUCAAGUGAUUUCAGUUUUAGUGAGUGUGAAGAAAAGCAAACAAAUAGGUGCAAGCAAGUGCAGGAAAGAAGUGUUGUGUAAUUCGAUCAUUACUGCCUGCUUACUAGUCGGUCGAAGUAGCCGGGUUCCACCAUCGAUUGGAUCGGGACGACGACAGGCUGAGGAGGCGAGCUAAGCAGGCGGAAGGAAUUUUGCAACCCGGCAACCGCAGUCAGCCAGCCGGGGCCCGCUGACUUGGAUUCUUCGGCUAACAAGAUAGUUGCCGACAGCAGUCAGUCAGUUAUCCCAGAUGAUGACGAUGGACGUCACCAAGCCGGAACCGCCGUCCGGUGGUGGUGGUGGAGGCAGUGUUGCCAGCGGAAAUGGUUCGCAGCAGUCUGGGCCCGUAACCGGUGGCGGUCAGAAUGGAAUUGGGAACGGCAAUGGCCCGCAUAGUCACAAUCACAACCAGCAGCUGUGUGCCGGCUGCGGGAAACACAUUCAGGAUCGGUUUUUGCUGCGGGCACUGGAUCUGCUGUGGCACGAGGAUUGUUUGAAAUGUGGUUGCUGCGAUUGUCGCCUCGGGGAGGUUGGAUCCACACUGUACACCAAGGGCAAUCUGAUGCUGUGCAAGCGGGAUUAUCUGAGCUUGAAAAAUUCCAGGCUGUUUGGCAACACGGGCUUCUGCGCCGCUUGCAACAAAGUGAUACCGGCCUUCGAGAUGGUGAUGCGGGCCCGGAACAAUGUGUAUCAUCUGGAGUGCUUCGCCUGUCAGCAGUGCAAUCAUCGAUUCUGCGUCGGGGACAAGUUCUACCUGUGCGAGAACAAAAUCCUCUGCGAGUACGACUACGAGGAACGGCUAGUAUUCGCCUCGAUGGCCAACCACCCGAUGUUGAAACGUCAAAUCGGAACGGGGGGUCCACAGCAGCAGCAACAGCAACAACAACAACAGCAAGGGGGUGGCGUCGGAGCCGGAGGUCAUCCACACCCGGUUCAGAACGGCAUCGGAGGAGGUCAUGGACCGGGACCGGGACAGCAGCAGCAGCAAGGUCAAUCGCAGAACUCGCUGAUGUCGCAGCUGGUGGCCGGGCAGCGGGCUGCCGGAGGCGACCAUAACAAUAACAGUAAUCUACCGGUGUCACUCGGUGGCGGCGGUCCGUCACCGUUCGGGACGCCUACGCACAUGAAGGCCGCCCUCAGCUCCGCUAGUUAAAUUUGCGUUGUCCAAGGCGUUGUCCUUCUUUUCACCGCCUAUAUCUGUAUGUAGCUGUUGUGUAUGUUCUGGGUGAAGAAACAAAGGGAUGGAAAAUUACUCAAAUUACUCGAAAAGCCGAAAAAACUCACAACGAUGUGCAAUAUUUUUGAAUUGCGCUUUUAUCCCAGCGCGUUCCGACGGAUUCGGCUGUCAUUAAUUGUUGCAUCAGAAGAAGAAAACCUAACCUAUCAAAGCAGCCAUGUGCCAACAAAACGGAAAACGCAUUGCGAGACCCCUCGUUUCACGUUCGCGUGCGCCACCGCGCAUCAAUGUGUCAUAUUUUUCGCGAUCGCCUACUGCGUUGUUUUUUUUUUGUCGCGGUGCAUAACUGCACACGCGAGUGCCAUAAAUUUAUGCAGUUUUUUUUUCGAGGAAAAACCGGAAAUCAGUUCAACAUAAAUCAAAUUUACUCAAUUAGAUAAGCCCGCGUUGGUGGUGCACAGGAAGAGCGGGUUUGUUUAACACUUCAUUUUGCGCUAUUUGGAGCGAAUAAAUUACGCUGCACUGGUGAUACGCUCGCUCUACGGGAUGAGAUGAAAACGGGACAGACACAUUCCUCCAGGAAUCUCUUCAGAAAUUCCUCCAGAAAGCCUUUAUAAAUUCCUCCAGGAUUUCCUUCAAGAAAUCCUUUCAGGAUUUCCUAGAGAAAUUCCUAAAAGUAUUCCUGAUUACGGAAGAAAUUCCUAGAGGAAUUCUUGGAGAGAUUUCUGACGGGAUUUCUGGAGGAAUUCCUGAAGGGAUUCCUGGGGGAAUUUCUGAAGACAUUCCUGGAGGAAUUUCUAGAGGCAUUCCUGGAGGGGUUCGUGAAAAAAAUUCCUGAAGGAAUUUCUGGAGCAAUACCCAGAGGGAUUUUUGGAGAAAUUCCUGAAGGGAAUUUCUGAAGAGAUUCUUGCAGAAAUUCUUGUACAGAUUACUGGAUGAUUUCUAGAAGGGAUACCAGGAGGAAUUCCGGAAGAGAUUCCUGGAGGAAUUACUGAAGAGAUUCCUGGAGGAAUUCCUGAAGAGAUUCCUGGAGGAAUUCCUGAAGAGAUUCCUGGAGGAAUUCCUGAAGAGAUUCCUGGAGGAAUUCCUGAAGAGAUUCCUGGAGGAAUUCCUGAAGAGAUUCCUGGAGGAAUUCCUGAAGAGAUUCCUGGAGGAAUUCCUGAAGAGAUUCCUGGAGGAAUCCCUGAAGAGAUUCCUGGAGAAAUCCCUGAAGAGAUUUCUGGAGGAAUCCCUGAAGAGAUUCCUGGAGGAAUCCCUGAAGAGAUUCCUGGAGGAAUCCCUUCAGGAAUUCCCCAGGAAUCCCUUCAGGAAACUGAUCCAUUUCCGUUCCAUCCCAUAGCGCGAUCUAGUUUUGAAUGCCGUUAUUUUCAUCGUUGUUUGCAUUUUAAUCCUCACUUAAUCAAAGACUGAUAAUUUUCACGAACGGAACAGAGUCGUUCUCAUUGUACUAUAAAUAAAUUGAGGUUAUAAACAUCUCUCGAAAAGGAAAUAAACAAAAGACGCGGUUGAAAUUUGUUUUUCCCGUGUCAAUUCUCACUUGUAAAUACUCUAGGUCUUACAAUUAUUCGAGUUAAUUUGUUGAAUAUGAUUAAUUUCUCAUUUUAGGAUAACUUUUAUUGAAAAAAAAACUUCAUUUGUUUACAGUGUCACCCAAAUAAAACAAACAAACUGAAUAACUGUCAAAUAUAAGAAAAAUACACUGAGCGAAAGUUUCGCAUUGAAAUCGUAAAUGUUUCUGGCAAAUAAUCAACUAAAAUUAAAAAUUUGUGUAAACAGGUGUAAACAAAAGCUCCACAUUACUCGUAAAAAGUCGUACGCAAGGAAACGAACUAUAUAGAGGUAAACCAAAGAAAAGCCAGUACUUAUUGUUGCUGAGAGUGAAACCUAAGAAGAACCGGAAAAGCCGAUUAAAACAGAAGAAAAUCAAGAUAGAAAACAAAAAACGAACGCAUAAAUGGUAAUUAGUCAAAUUAUUAAAGUGAACAAAGGAAGCUAUUAAUCGUA